CAUCUUUUCUCACUCAUGCUGUAUGCCAUUCCCUCCCUCUCCCUUCUUACACUUCCUCAAAGUGGCCUGAGCUCCUUUCCUGUCCUCUCCACAUCCUAUCCACCUCAACAGACUUUUACUCAUUUUGCCUAAAACCUACCCUCAGAAUUUAUCUUUUUUUUUUUUUUUUUUUUUACCUUUUUUGUAUUGUAUUUUUUUUCACAUUAUUUUUUGUGAGGAGCUUCCUUUUAGUGUACAUCCCUGGAGUGUGCGAGGUCUCUGACUUGGUUCUUCAACAGUUUUUGGCAGGAGAAAAGUGCGUAGAAGAAUUUCCCACCACAAUGAAAGUUCAGCUGCUGCUCCUGCUGGCCCUGGCCGGCCCUCUCUGCUCUUUCACACGUGCAAGCCCCACAUCAGUCCCCACAGAUGUCAUGAAGGUAGGAGAAGACAUCAUCACUGGUCCUCCUCCAACCAGUCCACAGGCUGUUCCUGUCAUUACUGGUGGAUCUGUUGCACCCAAAGCUUUUACUGAGGUCACUACGGCAGCAGAAGAUACAAAGCCUACAACUUCUCUAUUAAAGAUGGUUACUGUUGCCAUAACUGAGGGAGCCUCUACUGAGAGCACGAUUCUUUAUACCCAAUCAACUUUACUUCCUGCCCAGGCAAGUUCACUGCCUCCCAUCACUACUGCUGAUCCCGCUCUAAAAACCACACCCUCUGCAGUGACAGACACCUUACCUUCGAUUACCGAAACAACUUAUUCUAACGCGCACAAGGAGGCGAUAGAUGGGACUGAAGAAAAUGAGAGGAUGGAAAUUGAAGAUGGGCAGGAAGAGGGCCUGAGCAGUGGACAUAUCGUAGGAAUUGUGAUUGCUGCUAUUGUGGCAGUGGUCAUUGUCGGUGCUGUGAUCCUUUCACUGUGGAGAAAGAUGGGCAAAUACUCCCCUUGAGGAAAGAGUCCACCAAGCUACAGGAGUAUGUAAAGUUCUGGGAAUCCUAAACUACUGAACUGUGACUUUGAGUUUGAUAAAAGAAAAAAGUACAACGCCAGAACGAAACUAAUCUAACCUGGACUCGAAAUGAUGUGGGUUUAGUAUAUAUAUAUCUAUAUAUAGAUAUAUAUAUAUAUAUAUAUAUAUAUACCACAGAAAAGAGUGGUGCACAAGCCAACAUCUUUGUUUGCCCUGCUAACCUCCCUGAACUUAAGGAGCUACUGAUGUUAGAAGCUCACUUUUCCUUUAUUUUCCUGUAGUGAACAAAACAAGGGGACAAACAAAUUGUGAUGUUUUUUUGUGCUUUUUGUAGGUAUUUAGUUGAUCCAAGAGAAAAGAAACAAUUAUUUGAUAUCACGGGGAAAGCAUGUAUCUCCAUUAAAGUGAAGUAACACAAAAUUAUUCAGCUUAAGAGAAAAGAGCAUCUAAAUGGAGUAGUGCGUUCAAAUACUGAAGGAAAUGGGGAGUUAAAAGUAGAAAAUACUUUUACACACCCCCAGGAUGUUUGUAUAUAUAUGUAUAUAAAUAUAUAAUGCAUUGGAACUAGAUAGGAUAGAGCAAACAACUUUCUCAUUUUCUUGCAGUUGCAUAGGAUAGCAUUUGAUUAUAUUCAAAAUAUGAACAGGCAAUUAUAGGACAUUGUUUUACUGUGCUGUAUAGGCCUCCUUGCAGAGUUCUUUUCAAAGUUUAGUUUGUCUCACUUAAAUAUUGCAAUAAAUUGCAAUCGCUCCUUCAUAUCACUGCUGAGAAUCUUUGUCCCACUGUUCAGAAUUAUUUUAAUUCAGCAACAUUGGAGUCAAUAUUCUGAAAAAAAAAUAUUGUUUAAAGUUAGGCUAAUUGGAUUUCAAUAAAGACUUUGACUAAGCCUCUCUUCACUGGGGUGCGCUGAGAUAUGGACUAUAUUUCAUGCAUAUGGCUUAUAUGCAUGAAAUCAUUAUUUUACUGUAUAACAUGGGCCGUUUGAGUUUAACACAUUAUCAUUAAUCUUUCCAUCCGUUAUGGCAAGUCAUCUAGGUUCUGAAGUAACCAAGCAACAUCAGACUGGGUUUUAUGCAGCUACAGUAUAACAGGAAAAUCUUCUUCCAACAAAAUACAAUACAAAGUUUUUUGUCAAAGUCUUGUAGAUCAUUGAAACAUUUCUUUUGGCAGUUAUUUUUGGUCGGCUGUGUUUUUUUUUCCUUUUUUUUAACUGAGGCAAUUGAAGGAGUGGUUUAGAUGAUGUUAUUUGACCUCCUAAAUGAUGCGCUCUUUAAUUAUUCUUUGGUUUCUGGAAAGUUUUACCACUGCUCCUUGUUUUCUUUUAGCCUUCUAGAAGUCUGGUGGUGAUCAGGUCUUGGUAUUUCUAAUGAAAUGAACUUAAACUUAAAAAAAAACUGGUUGAUUGGAGACAAUUUAUGAUUUUCUAGGAGAAGAGACAUAUUUUAUUUUUUCCCUUUAAUAAAUAAGAUCAUUCUAAGAAAACUACUCUCAGUAAUGACCUGGAUUGUUCUUAUCUCACGUAUUCUAUGAUAUGGUAAUUGCAAUAUUUAAAUGUGACAAAAAAAUAGAACUGAAGGAAUGUGCAAGGGGCAAAAACUUUUAAGCAGCAGUGUUGUAUACCAGGAGUUAGAACAGUUUCUAAUGCAGCCAGAAUACCGGACAUGGCGGCCAACUGUAUGAAGCACAGCGUGCAGACUUUGUUCCGACCAUAGGCAUGCUGUCUGAGGGUGAGCGGAGCAGAAACAGGAGCCCUCGUCUGCUGGAGUAACGUGACAUUCUGCCCUCUUUAACACUGACACAUUAAAACCUAAUACAUAUCUGUGAAAUUUAGCAGAAGGGUUUGUGCCACUGUUUCUGGUCAUCUCUCUCUGGCUCAGAGGAUUUAAAGGUUUUCAAGUGUGUUAGGAGUGUGACUUGACUGAAGUUUUUCAGCCAGCACCCGCUCCUUAAAUAUGUACUACAGGCUUUGGUGCUGUCAUGGGUUGUUAGACGUAAUAAUAGUAUUAGCGUAUAAGGAGAUUCAUCUGUUUUUAUGUUGCCAGAACAGCCGUCCAGUUAUUUACUGCAGAUUGCACACAGGAUUACAUUUCAAAGCUGCACUUAGAUUUAGAGCUCAGUGUUAAGCAGGUAUUUUGUUUUGUUUUUCCAACUGUAACUGUGCUAACUGUGUGUACAAAUACUCUUAUGUUACCCUACUUGCUUUUUAAAACGUGUUUAUUAUGUGCACUGAAAGAGGAGCGAUGUUUAAUGAUUUAGAUUUUAGACACUGCAAAUGUUUGCAAUGAUAUGUUUCUUCUGCUUUAUUUUGUGCCAUUUGUUUCGUGCAAAGGUUUUAUUUAAUUGCAGCAUUUUCGUUCCUACCAUUUCAAUAAAAAAGAAAAAAAAAUCA